GGCAAGUUACAACGACGAGGCGUAGAAGCGAUUGACCGACAGAACCAAGCCGCGUAUAAAUUCGUUUGUUUAGCGGAAGUCCACCUAACCUGAUCGGCGCGACAACAUGAAUUCUUAACAGUCACACCUCUUCUUUGGUCCGGUUCUCAAAAUUAAACGAGUUUAAAACUGAAACGUUUGUUUCCCCGAUUCCCGAACGAACGCGGGACUUUCGAUCGCUAGAGCACGCCGACGAUGAGCCGAACACGAUGAAUCGCCUGAAACACGUAUUAGGAUCCAACGUGUCCCACACAGUAUUAUCCCACGUCAUUAGCACGAGACGUAAUUCCGAUCUACGAUGGACCGCGUCCCGUGUGAAACGGGCUGUCGACCCGAAAUUCGCCGACAACGGGGAGCAGCGGGACAAUUCGGCUGGAUCGCAGAAACGCAGGCUGAAAUCGAGGACGAUCUUGGGCAAGAGAGCGUUGGAGAAAUACUCGGAAGAAGAACGUUUCCAGAAUCGUCGGAGAGCCUCGUGUCAGGCCAAGAAAUCGAGCUCCCAGUACAGCAAUCGCAAACAAGUUGGCAAACCAACGAAUUCUAAGAACGACGCGGAAAGCGUAGAAACGGCCGUGAUCGAGGACGAGGCAGGAUCGUACGCGCGGAUGAUAGCUGCCUACAGCGAGGACGUGUACUCGAAAAACGCGUUCGCAGCCCCGAAAGACGGCGCCGGUUCGGCGAUGAUCGCGAGAACCCGUCCGAGUCCGUUCAGCAACUCUUGCGUGAUCUCGAUGAAGCCGUUCCUUUCGGCGGGUCCCGUCGCCACGAGCCACGAGGCGAAGUUCAGCACAGAGACGUCCGCGGUGCAGAAAAAUCUUAGAAAUUCUCGCGGCGACUCGGUCGAGAGCGGAGGAGCCGAGAACGAGCUGGAGAGGUCCGCGACCUACGCGGCGAUCAUCGAGAGGUACAGCCACACCGUGACCCUGAACGUCGACCCCCGAGCAUGGGGAAGCAACGGAAUAUCGAGACGGCACGUCUCCACGAAGUUCGACAACGUGUCGGGGACGGCCGGGGAGACGGAGGGCGUCGCGGUGGCCGCCGAGACGAAAGAGAUCGUCGGGUGCAGCAAGAAAAGUAUCCCGGACGGUUCGAGCGGGCCAAAAGCGAACGACAACCGCGAAAAAAGAGAGGUCAGGCGGGAAUCCCAGACGACUAAGGAUGUAAUAAAGGAUCCGAGGCGAAUCGCAACGAUGAAGGAUGACACUGACGCCAAGUCGCGGGAGAAGUUGGCGUCGCAGCCGGCGGAGGAGCCAAGCGAUUGGCUGGAGAAGAUGGUCGAGGCGCACAAGAAGAGGAUCAGGGACAGAAAAGCGGCGUCCGCAAGAACUCCGGAAGGGGCCAAUGAGAACGUCGAGAUGUCCGGUAACAAGCCCACGAAUCCGAUAUCCGACUACAUCAGGCGCGGAGCUACGGGCUCGAACGCUCAGAGAGGAGCGGGCCAGGCGUCGACGAGCAACUCCGCCCAGUCGUCGGCCGUCUCCGAUCCGGCCAGGCAGCCUCAAAUAGAGCUGAGGAUGACGCCUUCGCAGAACGAGUCGGUGGUAGCCAUCAACGUGGACGAGCUCUCCCGGAACUUCCAGGCCGGCCAGGAUCGUCUCUCGGUGGUGAUCUCUUCGAAGAAGAACGCGAACGCUCCUGACAGGGCGAACGCGGAAACUCGGCCAGAUUUCGGCUCGAUGCAGAUAUCCAUCAGCGAGGACACCGUCCCGGUGAAGCAGAUCGAGUUCUCGAUCAACGGGAAGCCGGUGUCGGAGUUGAAGAGCAUCGUCGCCAGAACGGACAAACUGGACGUGCUCGGCUCUAUGGACAAAGUGGAGAUCAGGAUACCGUCCAAGGAUAACAACAAUGCUAGGACGACGAACCAGCAAUACGUAGCCAGGCCAGCGGCCCACCCGGCUGUUCUGAAUCUUCAUAUAAACGCUAAAUUCAACGAUCCGCGAGUACAACAGCCGAAAAGCACCGGAGCGAAGCGCGAAACUUCCCCCGCAACGCCUCGAGUUAUCCCCCCGAAUCAGAGUCCUGUUCCUCCGAGGUCGUACAAGGUUUCGUCCAGCAGCCAAAACGAGCCAGUAAGCAAACCCGGCGAUACGGUUGCCAACGUCGAAGGCGGCGAAGAGCUCCUUAGAAAGUCACAAAUUAAUCCUACCGAAGUGUUUCAGAGAGGAGCUAGCAGAACGCCCUCCAACAACCUCGCCGGAAACGUGGACAAAGCAGUGAGUGAAAACGCGAACUCGGGAGCGAAUCAGCUACCCAGGAAUUCUCAGGACACAAGGGUGAACCCUGAGAAGCCUGGACGGGAUGGUUCGAACCGAGAACCGUCGAACAUGAUACCGUGGUGGUCCUCCGAGGAGGCUUUCAACAACAUCAAGAGGAAAGGAAGCGGCGGCAAGGACGCGUCCCCGGGAAUAGUCGACGCUGUUGCAGAGCCGAAGAGACCCGAAGCGAGCGUCGAAAGGAUCUGCAAGAUCUCGGACUACAAGCCUGAGAGCGCGGAUAUCGGCAAAUCUGCGGAGAAUGCGGAGAUCGUCGCGCAAUCGUCGCGAAUGGAAGUCGAACGAAAGGAAGUCAGAGUCGAAAGGUCGCGCGAGCUUUCGGACGCCAAUGUGGUCAAGGUGACGAGCUCGCAGAGAUACGUGCCCACGAACAAAUCCUCGAAACAACACGCGAAACGGAAGAGUAAAGUGGCGAAGAAGGCGAGCCGCGUCAGGUCCACGACGAAGACGACUCCGAAACAGCAUUUCGACUGGCCGAUCAACUCGGUGCCGUCUCCGAAGGUCGUGAAAUUCGUAGCGGUGACUCCCCGGAGGGUCGACGUGGACAGCGGAACGGAAACGAAGAGCGCGGCCGUGAAAAAUCGGCCGACAAUCGAAGAGGAGACCAGGGGACAGAGGGGGGACGCGGCACGAGCGGCGGACGGAAACGCGGAGCGCUCGGACACGGUAAUCGAACCGGCCGAUUUAGAGAGAUCCGCUAAUAGAUCUGCUGGUGUUUCAGCCAAGUCUGCGUCGGCUGCGAGCGAAUCCGGUACGGGAGCUGCGGAAGGGAAAGCGCCGGACAAAAUGAGCGACGCGAUUAAAAAGCUUCUGCCGGGAGGUCGGCCACCCGGCAAGCGCGUCGUCGAUCGCAGAAUGGCGGAGAUCCUGAAGAGCAUGAAACCGAUCGAGAAGCGGGAGGAUGGCACCUUGAUCGAUUACGGGGUGACGGUGUCCUCGAGGAAACCGUCGAAAAGCAGGACCGACGCGAACGGCGUGCCGCAGGUUCUGCCGGUGUCGAAAAAUCUGGCCGAUCGACCGAACAGCGCCAAGCUGAAGCAAGAUGCACCUGGCCGGAUCGAAAUUAUUCGUGAACUGAAAGUAUCUACGAAGACGAAGGAAGUUAAGGACGAUCGGGCGAAGGUUCUCGAGGGCGAGAAGUUGUCGUCUGGACGGAAAGAAGUGCCGAAGUCCAAGGGUUGGGACAAGGUCGUCGAUCUUGCGAAGAUCUCCUCGGUCAAGAAGGAGACCCUGACGGAGCCGAAAGUCGUAACUAAGCAAUCGAAGGUCGUUGAACCGGUCAAGGUGCUCUCGGCGAAGAAGCCAAACGUGCCGGAAGACGCGACGUCCUCGACGACGAAGAAGCAGUUGCAUCAAGGACCCGGGAAUAUAACCUAUCAGCCGCGGCUGGACUCGGAGUACAUGCUUUCGAAACAGUGGGUUCCAGAUGCGGAUCGAGAAUCGGACAAGUUUCGACACUCUCGAGCAAAGGCGCGACUCGAAGGGACGAAGGAGACCGUCGAUGCACCGAUAAGCUCUGAUUCGAUGAAAAUAUUGCCGACCGAAAGGACCGGCGGCGGGGCAAAUUUAGUAAAAUCAAAGGUUUCUUCGAAGCCGACGCGGGAGUCUGCCGAUAAAAAGGAAACGCCGUCGAUUACGUCGAAAGGAUUGGAAGCAAGAUCGGGUGUCACGGAGUCGUACAACCCUCAACUGACUGUGAAAAAAUGUCGGAUCCGCUCCUGUCCGCCGACGCAACGCGCCGCGGACAAAAAAGCCGAAAAGAUGCCUCCAGAAAUUGUGGACGAACGUUUCAAGGUGACCGGAGCUGCGCCGUUGAAAGGAACGAUUAGACAACAGCCAUCGAAAGGCAAUUUAGCUAAUUUCUCGAAGGUCGGCAAGGUGGAAAGGGUGGAAACACCCAGGCCAGAUAACACCGAAUCUGGCGGAGGGUCUUCAGGCUUCGGCAACUUUAUCGUAGGACCCGCAGGCUUGAAAUCGUCAAGGUCGUUUGUGAUGCACACGAUAACUUCGGCCGACAAAGUAUCCAAACGUGUGUCGACCUCGUUGCAAAGAGAAGAGAAGCUUCGCGGCGAGGAAAUGACCGACGUCGAAAAGCCGAUCAACGAAGAACAUCGUCAAUUGUAUCUGGCACCGAGUCGAAGCGAGAGGCCGGAGAAGGAUUUGUUGUACGCGUCCUGGUUGCAACGCUUCAAGAACAGCAUCGACGAUGACAAGAUAUUGUAGUAAAUCCGUUGAACCCGAUUCGCGCUUGUUGCCGCUCGAGCUUCGCCAACUUCACCAAAUUAUUUCGCAGUUCGGGCCGAUUUUUCAGAAUCUUAUUUUGUACCCUUCUUAUACAGUAUUUUAUGUAUAUUUUUGUUACCUCCACAUCACGUAUUGUAAACGAAUGAGAUCAACAUUAUUCGUCAUCGUUCGUAUCGUAUCGACACCCUCGUCUUCCCUCGAAUCUUCGAAGAUAUUUUGCUCCAGCAACAACAACAAAAAACUUCCCGAGCAUCGACCGAUCGUCUCGAAGCUCGUCUUUAAUUUCACCGGAAAAGUGUACGGAGCUCGUUUAUAAAUAAAAACGUGUGCACAUUGUUCCCAUUC